AUGGAGGAAACUGCUGCGGCAGUUGCAGCCGAAGGUAUUACUGUUCAAGAGUUCACAAAUAGAGCUGCUGUCGCUAAUUAUAAUAACGCCGUUGCUCAAUGCAAAACUAGGGCUGCCGAACUUCUUGCUGCUGAGGCCGAGUUUCGUGCUCUCGCGUCUCUACAUGGAGAUUUCAAUGGUAUCGACAACGGAUCUUCCAGCACAAAUAGAGAUAUGGUAAAAGACUACUGGGAAUCUUUAAUAUCAAGCUAA